CGAAAGAAUGAAGAGGGGCGGCAAGGCAGUUUGCAACUUGCAAGUUGAAAUUGGGUUUGUGUAUUCAAUUGCACACGCAAGUCCUGCUGCCGUCCUCUACGGCCUGGGCAUAGGUUGACUUCUUUUUUCUUUUCUUUUUUUUUUAAGGAAUCAUAUGUUGAGUUGAGCUCGGAGCUUCUCGCAAGGAAGAGAAGGCUUGGCAGUUGUCACCUUGCAAUGGCGAUGGCGUCGAGCAGUGGAGACUGGAGAGCCAUGUUCUAGCUCGGCCACGCCCACGCCCACACCCACGGCAGCAACCAUGGAUGCCAAACUGACGGUGGCAACUAGCUAGCUUAGCUGUGGUGAUUGCCAGCAACUAUUGAGCAAUCAAGACUCUAAUUCUUCGAUGGUGGCGUCGGGCAACAACACGGCAGCACCGCUGGCGAAUACGCUCCCGGCGGUCAUUAAUCCCCUACUGCUAGCAACGGCCUGCACUGGCUCUCCCAAGGGACUGGAUCUUCUUCUCAACAGCAAGGUUGCAGCAGGUGAUCAACGAGUGCUACCAUUCGCACUUGGAAGCCAGAGAUUUCGUGACCUGAUAUCAGCAUAUACCUCCAGCGACAGAUCCUCCUUAGCGACGCCGACGCAGCGAAUCCCUCCUCAUGACGACCCAGAAGCACUUUUGGCAGAGAUGCUGAUGCUGGAAGGGGUCGCAGUUGAUGGGGACACCGUGCUUCACGCGGUGGCCACCUAUGGCGAGAAUGAUGACUUUCAGAAGUGUGCUCAAACUAUGUGCAGCAAGGCGAGGCAGCUCCUCUUCAAGCAAAACAAGAACGGUGACACGCCCCUGCACUGCGCUGCACGGGCAGGUAAAUCCCAAAUGGUCUCUUGCCUCAUUGAUCUGGCCAGAGGCGGUGGCGGCGACGGCAACAGCAGCAGCAGCAGCAGCAACAAUGGCGGGAGUACGGACAGAGUGAAGGAACUGCUGGAAACGGAAAACGAGCUUAAGGAGACGGCCUUGCAUGAGGCUGUUCGCAUUGGGGAUAAUGCUAUGGUCGAGCUGCUACUGCAGGAGUAUCCCGAGCUGGCCAGUUUUCCAAAAGACGGCACCUCACCUUUGUUCUUAGCCAUCUUGCUGCAGGAGAACAUCAUCGUGGAGACGCUGUACAGUAAGAGCAACAAGAAGCUUUCUUACUCUGGACAAAAGGGACAAAAUGCUCUUCAUGCUGCUGUCCUCCGAGGCACAGAUGUCACUAGGAAGAUACUGAAAUGGAACAAGAAUCUUAGCACGGAAAGGGAUGAGAAGGGCAGUACGCCCCUUCACUUUGCGGCGGCCAAGUAUUUCGAUGUUGUGCGAACCCAGCUGGGACUGAUCAGGCCGUUCUUCGCGGCUGCGGCGCUGAGACAAUCGCGAGGAAGCGUGUGCUGGCUCGUCCUGGAUGCUAAUCCGGCCGCGCUGUACCAAGCCGACCAUGACGGGUUGUACCCGAUACAUGUAGCAGCCUCGGUGGGCGCCGUAGGCUCCAUCGCCAUCUUCGUCGACGCGUCGCCCAGCUGCGCCGGCCUGCGCGACGCCAAGCGGAGGACUUUCCUUCACGUUGCCGUCGAGAGAGGGCAGAUCGACGUCGCCGGUUAUGCUUGCAGCAACAGGCUGCUGUCAUGGGUUCUGAACAUGCGAGACGCCGAGGGGAACACUGCCCUGCACCUUGCUGUGCAGGCCGGGAGCCUCCGAAUGUUCUCCGUGCUGUUCGGGAAUCGCCAGGUACGCUUGAACUUGACCAAUAACAAUGGGGAAACUCCUCUAGAUAUAUCACGGUACAAGAUCCCCAGAGGAAUGUACUACGGUCAGAACAGUGAACCAAAAAUACACGAUUCGCUCGCACUCGCCGGGGCUACCAACGGCUCUUGUCGUUUGGAUCAUUUUCAGCAGAGUUAUACUCAGCUGACCAAGCAUGAUGAAAAGGAGGAAUCAGAUAAGGUGAGAGAUUCGACACAAACUCUAGCAAUCGGCUCAGUUCUGCUGGCGACUGUGACGUUCGGUGCGACUUUCGCUCUGCCUGGAGGCUACAGAGCCGAUGAUCACGUCAACGGAGGUACACCAACACUUGCAGGGAGGUAUACCUUUCAUGCCUUCAUCAUGGCCAACACAUUUGCACUUAUCUUCGCCGCCAUAGCUACCAUUGGGCUCAUGUACUCUGGAUCCCCACUGUUCAACUCAAGGAGCCGCAAGACCUACUUGGUUACAGCCUUGUACUGCAUGGAGACCUCGGUCGCCUGCUUGAUUGCUACCUUCGCAGUGGGUUUGUAUAUGGUGCUAGCUCCGGUUGCUCACAAGACUGCCAUAGCAAUAUGUGUCCUCAGCCCCGUUGUCCUGCUAAGCAAGAACAUGGAGUUUUGGGUGAAGUGGGCCCUUCUUGCAGCACCACUAUAUAACAGAAUGGGGCUACUAUGGGCAAUGCGAAACUUCGCUUCAGUACUACUGAAAAAUACUCUAUACGAGUGUUGGCCCUUCAUAUUGAUCUUUAGUUGGGCCGCAUAUGCAAGGAACAGCUAGCUACCACAGUCUAAAGGACGGAACAACGACCAGCUAGCACCUUAAUUUGGCUAGAAGCGCCAUCACAUGCUGUCUUCAGUAUUACCAUGUCAUUGGAAUUGUAGAAUGGAGCAGCAAUGCCAGCACCCAGCAGUGCGUUGCUUCAGGAAAAACUCUAGAGUAUCUGUCUCUUCAGAAUCUGUGACAACAAGAUGUGUAUGCAUUUGUGUCAGCUUACAUACUCCAAACCUUUCGUGUUUAAAAUUGUUAUAACUUACAAACCCCUUUUUUUUAUAUCUGACACCGUUGACUUAUUCA